ACUUUCUUCAUACGUAUUCAGAAAUACAUGUUCAAUGUUAUUUUUUAAAAUAUAAUGGAAUCGGAAUUGUCAGAAGAAGUUCCUUUGCGUUCACAAUUUACAGUUGACGACUUGGAUAUUGAAAUCCUGCCACUUAUAUAUGAAAUAAUUCGAAGUGUUGAAAAAGAUCCUCAUGAUACUACUCAGAAGGCUAAAGAGUCCCAAGAUACAAGUCAUAAAAUAUUAGAACUUCAAAAGAAAUUAGAUUCUGCAAGAACUCAGAUUAAAAGAUUACCAGGAAUAGAAUACAGUAAAGAAGAACAGCUACAAAAGCUUGAAACUCUUCGUAAACAGCUCAGACUUAAACGAGAACUUCUAUUAAAAUACCGUAAUAUGUGCACAUUUGAAGUUCCAAAAGUAUAAAUAUUUAUCAGAUUAUUUUAUAAUCCGAUUACUCCUAUUUUGUAAGGAGUAAAAGCUAUAAAAAUA